CAACAAUGCACACGACGCAGAAGGACACCACCUACACUAAGAUCUUUGUCGGGGGCCUGCCCUACCACACCACCGACUCCAGUCUCAGGAAGUAUUUUGAGGUGUUCGGCGAGAUCGAGGAGGCGGUGGUCAUCACCGACAGGCAGACUGGAAAGUCGCGGGGAUAUGGAUUUGUGACGAUGGCGGACCGCUCGGCCGCCGACCGGGCCUGCAAGGACCCCAACCCCAUCAUUGACGGCAGGAAGGCCAACGUCAACCUGGCCUACCUGGGGGCCAAGCCUCGAGUCAUGCAACCAGGCUUUACAUUUGGAGUCCCCCAAAUUCACCCUGCGUUCAUCCAAAGGCCUUAUGGUAUUCCGGCGCACUACGUGUACCCCCAAGCCUUUGUGCAGCCUAGCGUGGUGAUCCCUCACGUGCAACCUGCCGCCGCCGCCGCCCCGGCCCCCGCAACCUCCCCGUACAUCGACUACACUGGAGCGGCCUACGCCCAGUACUCUGCCGUCAGCGCGGCCGCUUACGAGCAGUAUCCUUACGCCGCCUCCCCUGCCGCCGGCGGAUAUGUGACCGCCGCCGGCUACGGAUACGCGGUGCAGCAGCCCCUGGCCGCCGCCGCCCCGGGUUCUGCCGCCGCGGCUGCAGCUGCAGCUGCCUUCGGCCAGUACCAGCCUCAGCAGCUGCAAGCCGACCGCAUGCAAUAGCAGGAAGUGGAUUCCGGAUGCUGUGCUUCAACCAAAAAGCAGAAAAAAAUCGCCGUACAAAUAUGAUGAUCAUUUUUUUAGUAGCUUAUUCUAGAGAGGAAACGCAGGAACUAAUCCCUGUUCAUCAAGUCUUCAAGUCCUAUUGCUGUCUUUUUUUUUUUUUUUUAAAUCUUAGGGCUUAUUUUGUAUAUUUAUGAUUGUAUUGUCACACACACUGAGGGUUCUUUUAUUUUUGUACAAUCAGGGAAAGAAAACGGAGCUGUUUAAGCACGACCUCCUGUCGGGACUUUUGGGGCGGUGUCCUCGAACAUGACCCCUCACCCCGGCUUGAUCUAUGCAAAGCUAAAAAGCUCAAACGUAGCGAUGGGUCACUUUGUAAUGGGAAUGUAUCAAAUGUUGCUCCUCCCACUUUUUGGGGCAUCCGAGUUUACGAAACUUUCUGUAGAGGUGAAAAUCUACCCGGCAACACCCUGUGUGCCUUUCCACUAGUAUUGAAACUCUAAAACCUGUAUUGUAUAUGAUAUGAUAUAUCUCAUAUUGUAUCACUAACAGGGGCGGAUCUUAGGGGGGUGCUGGAGGGGCAGCGACACCCGUGCUCAGGCCUCUAGGGGGCCUGGUUUGCGGCCUUAACAGAGGCGUGGUUUGGCGAGGGGAGGGUGAAGCUGAAUAGUACGAUGCUGUUAAAAGCUGAAAUAUAGUGUUUAAGUUUUAAAAUAUCUCUAAUACCCCACUUGCUUGACUUGUUGUCGUCUGCAUAAAAAUUUCCACUACCACCGCCCCACAUAUCAGACGAUCAUCUUGAAAUUGUGGUGUGGCCUGCAAAAAUAAUCAUCCCCGAGGACCUGGGCCCUCUUCACAUUUGUUCCGCCAGUGAUAGCUAACAACUAACAAGAUGGGCACGUGGCUGUAUUAGGCCCCAUAGUGAGCGGCUUCCCCAGCACCAGGUCUUGCUUUUGGGGGGGCUAUCAGGUUCGUAAGGACCUCCACUAGGUAAAUCGCUAAAAAUGAACUCAUUGGCUGCCAUUGACAGUGAUCAACAAACUAGAGUUGCUCUAAAAACUACUGAUUUUACAUUGACCACACAGUAACAAGCAUAUUAACACUUAAAACAAUCAAACUAUGGAAACAGCAACAACCUUCUAAACAUCGUAAUAAAUAAAUGAAAAUAGUACAUUUUGGGAUAAAGGAUAUUUUUUAACGAAACAAAAACAUUUUUAGAAGGAAAAACUGAAAAACAAGUUUUUGGGAAAACAUUUUUAAAAGGGAAUUUUUAGCAUCAUUUCUAGGGAAAAAAAAUACUGAAGUAACAUUUUAUUUGAACUCUGAGUCAUAAGACCGUCAUAAUUAUGACAUGACGCUGUCGUUAACAUUAAUGAAUGCUUAUUACAGAUGUCAUUACGUGCCCUAACACAGUUCCUAAACUUCGAACCCAGGGGUCAGCAACCCGCGAUGCUAAAUGGCUCUUUAGCGCCGCCCUAGUGGCUCCCUUGAUCUUUUUCAGAAAUGUUAGAAAAUGGAAAAAUAUGUGGGAGGGAUAUAUAUUUUUAACUUUAAUAUGGUUUUAGUAGGAGGACAAACAUGACACAAACUUUCUCCAAAUUCAUUAAUAUAUUGUAAUGAAGUUAAACUUAAGGCAGCAUUGUUCAAAAGAGUAGUCACAUGGUGUAUCAUUCUCUAUCGGAUGCAUUGCAGGGAAAAUAAUCAUUUACUGUAUUUUCCGCACUAUAGGGUUUGGGUUAGAGUAGAAGGCGUACCUUCAAUGAGUGGCCUAUUUUUAAAACCGUUUUCAUGUAUACGGCGCACUGCAUGAUAAGGCGCAGUAGUAGUAGUCGUAGUAGUAAUAGUAGUGGUUGGCAUUGCGUUAUGCAUCCACAAGAUGGAGCCGAGCUAAAUGGAAUGUCAUGCAUGAUUAACCAAUAUUGAUCCAUAUAUAAAGCACAUCGGAUUAUAAGAUGAAGUGUCGGCUUUUGAAGGCUUUCAGGUACGCUUUAUAGUGCGGAAAAUACAGUAGACACGAAAACUCAUUAUGUAUUGGUAGUCAAAUUAGUUAUUUUGAUAUUAGGCUAAUAUAGCUAAAAAGAUACAUACAGCAUGUGUUGCCUUCAUCAUAAGGCUUAUAAGACUUUUAAUUAUUUUGCGCCUCCAGACAUUUAUUUUGUGUUUUUUUGCUCCAAUAUGGCUCGUUCAACAUUUUGGGUUGCCGACCCCUGUUCUACACCAAGGAAAUAAAAUAAAAAAAUCCCUGAAAAAAAUCUGAGAAAAUUUACAAAAUGACACUCAGUGACAUCUGUCAUAAGACCUCAUUUAUAUUCAUGACUCGUGUCAUGUCAUCAUUAUGACAAUUUUAUGACACCGAGUUCUAAUAAAGUAUAACCAAAACUGACAAUUAUAAUUCUUUGGGUUAAGAAAUAAGAAUUAAAAUGGUAUCUUUAGGUAAUUUAAAAAAUAUAUACAGUAUAUGUCGAUACUUUAGCUUUUGCGAUAUUUAAUUAGUUUUUUUGGGUGAGAAAAUGUAAUUAAAAAAAAAAAAGUACAAUUUAUAGGUUAUAAAUGAUAGAAAAAGUUCAUUCUUUAGUUUAUAGAAGAAAUUGGCAAGUGCAAUUUAUAGUCUGUGACUUUAGCUUGUCCGAUUUAUAGUUUUUUUGGGUGAGAAAAAGUCAUUUUAAAAAAGGACAAUUUAUAGAUUAAAAGUGAGAGAAGUUCAUUCUUUAGUUUAUAGAAGAACAAUGACAUAUGUAGUUAAACAUUUUUGGGAUAUUUUGGCUAGUGUGAUUUAUUGUCUGAAAAAAUUCCCAGCCAAAACAGAUUGGACAUGUAUCGCCGUCCAUGGUACUAAAAACAAUGUCAUCCACUGUCAGCUAUCAAAUAGAUUUGACGUGUAUCACUGUCAAUGGAGAGUAAAUGAGUUGAAAAAAGUGCAAACAAUGACAAAAACAGCUGCUAGGCCAGUAAGCAUGUGUCUCUCCAUUGGCCCCACCCAUCUCGCCAUGCCCCCCCUACAUAGACAGAUGACUCUGGAACAGGAAGGCUUCACUACGUGCUCAUUUGUUGAGCUGUCACUUUUUAAUCCCUCUUUUUUUGGGGUGGGGGGACUGAGUUUACAGGACCACCCACAAGCCCCACCGACCCCUCCACUGUCAGCAAAAAUCUACCCGGCAACCGCCUGCCUCAGUGUGCCUUUCUUUCCACUGCUAUUUAAAACAAAAAAACGUCUGCUAUUUAAAAAAAAAAACAAUAUAUUUAUUUUUUGUUUUGUUUUUUUGAGAGUAGUAGCGGGGGUACUGUAUUAAUAAUUAUAUUACUUUGUACUCAUCUCAAGGCAUAUUAUAUAUAUAUAAGUUAUUGAUUUAGUACGACGGAGUAUUAGGGCCACACAAAGAGGAAAAAAUAAAUAGGCAUCGCAGAAUAAUGUAAAUAUAAUGCGAGAUUUAAAUCCUAAUAUUCAGAAUUGAAGUCAUAUGUCGUCAUAAUAUGAGAUUAAAAAUUUUAAUAUUACAUGAGCAAAUAUAAUUUGUAGGAAUGGAUAAUAUUACGACGUAAUUUUCCAUUAAUAGCAAAAUUGAGCUUCUCGUAAGAAAUCUAAACUACAGCCUUACAAGAAAUUGUGUAGUCUUAAUGUAACAAUUUAGCUGCAUCUUUACAUAUUACCUAGUUACGUAAUAUUAUGAUGAUAAUCUCGUAGUAUUAGAUUUUUUUCUUGUAAUGUUACGAUUGCAGCGCUAUGUCUCAUAGUAUUACGUAAAGUUGUAAUAUUAACAUUAUGCUUUGCCUCUUAUAAAGCAAAAUUCAUAAAAAUACGUCAUACUUCGAUUUUAAACUUUGUUGCGGUAAUAUUACGACUUUAUUCUUGUAAUUUUGCAAAACCUCACUAAAAUCUUGUAAUAUUUCAACUUUAUUCUUCAAAUAUAACAACUAAUUUCGCCGUAUAACUUUUUGCGGUAAAAUUAGUACUAAUUUUAGCGUAAUAUUAUGUUUUUUAGCAUUCAUACAUAUGAAUAUACUACGGUUUUAAUCUCGUCAAUUACGAUUUUAUUCUUGAAAUAUUACAAGUCUAAUCACGUAAUAUUAACACCUUUUCUCCUAACAUUACGACUAUUCUCGCAAUUUUUCGACGUGUCACGAAAAUCUCAUAAUAUUGCGACUUUUCUCUUGUAAUUUUACAAUUUUAUCUCUUAAUAUUACGACUUUAUUUUUCUGAUAUUAUAACUCAUCUUGUUAUAUUACAACUUUUUGUGGUAACAUUACAACAAUUUUUAGUGCUACGUCUCGCAAUAUUACUUAAAGUUGUAGAAUUAUGACUUAGCCGUGCUACAUUCAUACAUGUUAAACAAAGUACGCAAUACUACGAUUUUAUUAAAUUACGAUUUUAAUUUUGUAAUAUUACGUCUUUAUUCUUAUGAUAUUACGACUAAUUUCGUAAUAUUAGGAGCUUUCUUAGUAACAUUAUGACUUUAUUCUGGCAAUAGUACGACUAUAUAUUUUCGUAAUUUUGCGACAUGUCCUUAAAAACUCAGAAUAUUACGACUUUAUUCUUCAAAUAUGUAUACUAAUUUUGCCAUAUUUUGCGACAUGUCACUAAAAUCUCAUAAUAUUGCGAUGUUUCUCCUGUAAUGUUACAAUUUUUUCUCGUAAUAUUACGACUUUAUUCUUCUAAUAUUAUAACUCAUCUUGCCAUAUUUCAACUUUUUGUGGUAACAUUACGACAAUUUUUCGCGCUACGUCUCGUAAUUUUACGAUUUAGCCGUGCUGCAUUCGUACUUAUGUAUUAAGCAAAGUACGCAAUACUACAAUUAUAAUAAGUUACGAUUUAAAUCUUGUAAUAUUACGACUUUAUUUUUAGGAUAUUUUGAGUAAUCCCGUAAUAUUGGGAGCUUUCCUAGUAAGAUUACGACUUUAUUCUCAUAAUUUUGUGACAUGACUGUUAGAUCUCGUAAUAUUACAACUUUAUUCUCCUAAUAUAUCAACUAAUCUUGUCAUAUUACGACUUUUUGAGGUAACGUUAUAAUUAAUUUUAGCCCUACAUCUCAUAUUACGAUUUAGCCGUGCUGCAUUUAUACAUAUUAAGCAAAGUACGCAAUACUACGAUUUUAAUUAGUUACGAUUUUAAUUUUGUAAUAUUACAACUUUAUUUUUAUGAUAUUACGACUAAUCUCGUAAUAUUAGGACCUUUCCUAGUAACAUUAUGACUUUAUUCUGGCAAAAUUAGGACUUUAUUCUUGUACUUUGGCUACGUGUCGCAAAAAAAACUCUUGCCAUAUACUUUUUGUGGUAACGCUACAACUAAUUUUAGCGCUACAUCUCGUAAUAUUAAGACUUAGCCGUGCUGCAUUCAAACAUAUUAAGCAAAAUACGAAAUACUGCGAUUUGAAUCUUGUAAAUUAUGGUUUUAUUCUUGUUAUAUUACAAUUUUAUUCUUGUAAUACUACAGCUAAUCUUGUAAUACUAAGACCUUUUCUCGUAACAUUACAACUUUAAUCUCGUAAUUUUACAACGUAUGACUAGAAUCUUGUGAUUAUCCAACUUAAAUCACGCCAUUUUUAUUCUCUUUCUGUAGCCGUAAUACUCCGUCGUGAUUUAGGUUUAGUUUUAUUACAAUUAUUAUUAUAAUAUAUUAACAUACUCAACCAAAAAAAAAUAUUGAUUUAGUAGCUAUUUAAGAUAAAAUGCACUGUACUUUUAUUUUUUAGCUUAAUAUUGGUUAGAUGUUUUUUUUUUAAACGGAGAAACUUUAUUUAUACGCAUGCAAAAAAAAAAAAACUGAAAAAAAAACUAGCAAAAAUGCUGCUUUACCCACUAGAAUGUAAAGUUUUAAGUCGUCGUAGCUGUGCUUUAUGAUUCUUUCCAAUUUUUUUUGGUUCUUAUUCAUCCGACAAUGUUGGGAAUUUUUAUACUUGAACUAUUUCUUACAAGGGAAACGAGAGCUAAAAAAAAAAAAAAAGUUUUAAGGAAGAUUUUCAUUGU